UCCUAAUGAAGACUGCUCCACAUCAAAGACUAGUUAUGGUCGGAGAUCGUGACGGACUGAAAGAAUUAUUACGUCGUCGAUUAGUCGAAUGUGGAUGGAGAGAUCAAGUAAAAUUAAUCUGCAAGGAAUUGAUAAAAGAACAUGGUCAUGAUGUUACUUAUGAUAAACUGCUUUCGAUGGUCACAACUAAAGCAAGGACACUGGUUCCAGACUCUGUUAAAAAAGAACUCUUACAGAAGAUAAAAAAUCAACUUAUUGCUCAAGAGGAAAAAUUAAAAAUGUAA